UUUACUUUUGUCCCAGCGCCGCCUGGUACAAUCAGGGCCACGGCAGCAGCUCAUCGCUCGCCUCCAAGCGAACGAUUCUUAGGACUCCACAUCGCCACCUACCGGCCCAGCGACCAUGCCGGAGCAGCAGUUGGCCUCCAUGAUUGCUUCUAUCGUGGAGCAACAAUUGGCAACCUUAAACUCCGCGAGCAACUCGCUGUCGAGCUCAACAUCUGGCGUCGUUCAGCCAUCCGCCCAACAAUCCGCUCAGCAACAUUUGCCAGGCGUUACGAGCCUCGCACCAGAUCCCUCUCUCCCACCGGUCCGCAAUGGCGGAGAACAACAGAUUCCGUCCUCUCUGGAUUUCUCGCUGUCCUCCUCUCAGCAAGAUUUGAAUCUCGGAACACCGGAAGACGCAGCCCUCCUGCGCACCAACUACAGAGUCCCUUCUAUCGCCAGCCAUCUCUACAACAGCUGAAUCGCAGCCAUAAUAAACGGUGA